AUGAAGGUAGAAGGUGACAUGGGAACCGCCGGCGGCGCGGCGGCCGGCGGGCGGGCCGGCAGCGAAUGCUGCAUAACCCGGCUGCUAAGCGUGGUGGAGAGCGAGCUACGGGCCGGCCGGGAGAAGGGAGACCCCACGGAGAAGCAGCUCAAAGUUAGCCUCGAAGACGCGGAUCUCUGGAGAAAGUUUAAAGAGGUCACCAACGAGAUGAUUGUUACCAAGAACGGCAGACGCAUGUUCCCCGUGUUGAAAGUCAGCGUGUCCGGCUUGGACCCGAACGCCAUGUACUCCUUUCUCCUGGACUUCAGCCCGGCCGACGGGCACCGCUGGAAGUAUGUGAAUGGAGAGUGGGUGCCCGCGGGCAAACCUGAGCCACACAGCCACAGCUGUGUCUACAUCCACCCGGACUCGCCCAACUUCGGUGCACACUGGAUGAAGGCUCCCGUAUCUUUCAGCAAAGUCAAACUGACCAACAAACUCAACGGAGGAGGACAGAUCAUGCUGAACUCUCUCCAUAAAUACAAACCCCAAAUCCACAUUGUGCGUGUGGGGGGCAGCCACAGAAUGGUGACCAACAUCUCCUUCAGUGAUACCCAGUUCAUCGCUGUCACAGCCUACCAGAAUGAGGAGAUAACAGCUCUUAAGAUCAAAUAUAAUCCCUUUGCAAAGGCCUUCCUGGAUGCUAAAGAAAGGAGUCAUCCCAAGAAUCUUCUAGAACCUACUCCAGAGAAUCAACAUGUUGGCAUACCACACUGCGGCUGGUUCAUUUCCAACCCAGACUCCCUGUGUUCAUCUGGUAGUGGUAACUUCACAUACCAUGGGGGUUUGCCCCUUGCCCCCCCCACUGGAUACAAGCACUACCCCACUCUGCAUGGACACAGAGCCACUCCCUACCCUCCUCCAUACCUUCAUCGACACCACCACCGCAGUCCCAACCCAGUCUCUCUUGCAGAGAGUUUGAGUCCAGGUGCUCUGCAAGUGUACUCAGGUCACGAGACCUGGGCAGGUGUUUCGCCCCCUGGUCCUGCUGCUAUGCUGUCAGUGCCAUCUGGCCCAAACUCCCCUGCAGUCAGCAGUCAGUAUCCUUGCCUGUGGACGGUAAGCAGCUGCAGUGUAUCUUCCAGUCCACCGGGAGGCCUCGUGAACUCCACCCAUUGUCAGGAGGAGAGGCCAAAUGCAGGCUCUGCCUCUGUAUCACCAUGCGCCCUCCUGCAACGCCAUGGGCCAAUAGCUGCAGACAAUGUGGUGGAUCCAGCCAGUAAUAACAGGGUGGGUGGGGUUAGCUGGUCUGCAGUCUCCACCCAUUCAUUUUGAACAUGCCUAAUAAAAAAAACAGAGAAAGACCAGCCACACAGUUAAAGGACAGUGUAUUAAAGGAGAGGUUUCAUAGUGUGUAGCCUGAUGGUGCUCACUCCUUCCAGUGACACUUGGUUAUAAAGAAAUAUAUACUGUUCAGUUACAACUGUCACUUAGUUGUAUCCUUAAAUGAUUUUUGAGUGUUUUAAGUUUGUAAAUUUACUAUAUUUGAGAUGGUUUGCAUGUGUCAUUUUGCCACCUAAAAUCUUCUCCUCUGCUUGUUUGCUCUCUCCUGUAGCUGGAGCUUCUAGGUCCAUAGAGUUGCACUUAAUAUUUUAGUUUUAAUGGAUCAUUUUGACUUCAGGUACCUUUACAUGUAAAAUUAAUUUGGGGAAUUUCUUUCUUUUACAAGAAAAUUAAGAAAAGUGAGCACUCCUAAUGUGCUGUGUGUCGAUUCCCUUUUGCUCUAAUAUUGUCAUAUAGCCACAUAAUUUAGUUGCUUGCGUUAAAAUACAGUGCUUUUUAAGCUAGGCUUCUGUGUACACUUACCUGUCCUGCAUAGUA